GCAAACGUACUGCACUUGCACGUCCAAGCCACCGUACCUACGGGUAACGGAAAACAUUGAAAACAUGCCUGACGGUUGAACUGGCGACCAUUGUAGUCCUUAACGGAUACCGCUUUGAAGAGGACUACAUUUCCCAGUCCGCAGGAAGGACUUCCAAGUCAAGCGCACGAGCCUCGAGCCGCAAUAGCGGCAGCUGGUGCAGCGGCAACCAACAAGCGAGCACUGAGCAGGGGACUUUGUCACCACCGCCGCGGCAGGCUUCCCCGAGAAAACCGCUCGGAAAAGUGGGGACGCAGCACACCAGACGGUCCCGGCUGGUGGGAGGGCUCAGUUGCCUUUGCGCGAACUUACCAGGAUUCCCAAAGUCCCCUUUUUUUACCCGAUAAAGACGGUCCCCCCCCCCCCCCUUCAAGUUGUACCGAAACGGAGUUCUCUCAUUCAGGAUGUCGGACUGAGACAAAGGGUCUGGGGGGCAUUCCUGUCGGAGUGCAGGUACUAGCAGAUUCUGGAAGUCAACUCUGGAUGGGAAAAGAUGGACAGGGAGUCGCAAUGGUGGAAAGGACAGCUCGCUGCAGACAUCCAUCAGUCCCUCCGCAUCAAGGAGCUGAAAUUACCCGUCUACCGAGCCCAUUCGCCGCAGAUUGGCAUGCGUCGCUACUUUGCAGACUUAUUGGCCAUCCUAAGUAAUCGGUACCAGUUAUGUCCUACGGCACGCCACCUGGCCGUCUACCUGCUCGACCUAUUCAUGGACCACUAUGAUGUGGCACUCAAGCAGCUCUAUGUCAUUGCCCUCUCCUGCCUGCUCUUAGCCAGUAAAUUUGAAGAAAAGGAGGACAGAGUACCUAAACUGGAGCAACUGAACUCACUGGGCUUCAUGUGUAAUUUAAACAUGGUUCUCAACAAGAAAGAUCUGAUCAAAAUGGAGCUUUUGCUGCUCGAGACCUUUGGCUGGAAUCUGUGCAUGCCCACGCCGGCCCACUUCAUUGACUACUACCUCAAUGCCUCGGUGCAAGAGGGAGAUCUGUACAAUGGCUGGCCCCUGUCCUCCCUUUCUAAAACCAAGGCUUUUAUGGACAAAUACACUCACUACUUCCUGGAGGUCUCGCUACAAGACCACACUUUCCUUAGUUUCCGACCAUCCCAAGUUGCUGCUGCAUGUGUAGCAGCGUCGCGCAUCUGCCUCCAGAUUUCCCCAAGUUGGACUACUGCAUUGCAUCUACUGACUGGCUACAACUGGGACCACCUGACCCAGUGCAUUGAACUAAUGCUUCUUGCUCAUGACAAUGACGUCAAAGAGGCCAACAAAACAAAGUGCAGCACUCCACACCGAGCGUCAUCUCUGCAAUCUCAGGGCCAAACCCCUCACCUCUCUCCUGUGUCAGCCAUUCAGAGGCCGCCCUCGUCGUCGUCCACCUCCACUACACCACCGCUGCUCUUUCAGCCGGACCGCUUCCCUAACCUUUCCCAACAUUCCCCCUCCCUGUCUCAGUUGCAAACGAUCGCCGAUUCUCCGGCUCUGGGCCCUGUGGUGAACGGGUCUCAGGACAUUUUUCAGAACCACCGGGUGGGGCUCCUAAGUGGGACUUGCCUGACUACUGGGGGUGGCUUCUCUUCCUAUUCAAGUCUGACCUCUAGGCUCCAGGCGGGGGCUCGUGCGCUACCACUCCAGGGCCCCAUAUCCGUUCAGAUGGCCCUCGCCGGAGAAGCGCACCACUGCCUGAGCAUGGCCUAUACCGGGGGUUACCUGGGGGCCCAUCACACCUUCGCAGCCGGCUGCUUCGACAGGUGACGCCAGGCGACGGAGAGAGAACGGUACCAGGAGCACACCGCUGUGGUACCGUCUGUGCUCCCUUUUGCAGAGCUCUCUUCUCUCUCCGUCGACACGGCAACUCCUUCAGUAUGUCCCGCCCUCCAUCCCCUCUCACAGAGACAUCUCAAACGCAAGCAAAGGUCCAAAGACAAGAGAGACCCAGUGGAAGUCAUCACUCUGACAUGAACGCAUGUCAUCGAUGUGAAUGAGAUGAAAGCAGUGCUAAGUUUUUUUUAAAAAUGCACAAAACACCAAGCUGUGAAAGGAUAUUCUGCUGUUUUGAUGAUAUAUUUUUUAAAAGACUAAGUCUACCAAAAUGACCACAUUUUUGUGUGGGGAAAAAAAACAUGUAGAUGGAGCCAUCAUUGGAGAGCUCUAUCCGUUUUCGUUCUAUGCCAUGUCAAGGAAAUGCGUAUGCUGCGAAUGUCCGCAAACAUUGAUUCAACACGUGUAGGCUGAUUCGAGCCUGUGGAGGCCCCCUCUGGGAAUUCCUCAUGGCAUUAGUCCUCUAGGGAUGGAAGAAUUUCUUGUUUCAUGCACAGCAGGUGAGGUUGACGGCUUAAAAAAAAAAAAAGAAGCCUGCACUGGCCCGCUUUAGUCCUUUCAUCCCCUCACCGCCUUCAAGAAUCUCUCCUCUCCACUUCCAAAGUCAAGCUUGGCAGCCACACACAAAGUUGAAAUAUUGGUGUCAAAGAGUUGAUGUUAUGGACCAGCAUGGGGGAAGCAGACGUCAUAGUUGUGUACUGUACAUAGAAAAAAGCUGCUGCUGCCUUCGAAUGAACUUCCGGUUCUGUAUCUGUGUUGAUGUUUACAUGAACCACUUAAUUAUCAGGGACUUGAACAACAUUACUUGAAAAUGACAUUGGAUCAUGCCAUAGCUUUGAUUUAUAUCCUCUCUUUUUAAGAUUAUUAUUAUUAUUUUUUUUAUAUAAACACUGACCUAGAAAAACACCAUUGAUAACGUUUUCCACACAGGCUCAGGUUUUACAGGCUAAAACUAGCCUAUAUACUGGGCCAUAAUGCUUUAAGUCGGGGUUGGGGAACCUACCAAGCAUGUGUUUUUAAAAAUGAAACUGAAGAGGGACUGUUUUAAAAAAUCCCCAAAACAUUUAGAUGACAAAUUCCUAUAAUCCUAAACAGCUGCUGAAUCAUUCCAUCAUAACUUCAUACAUUUAUUGUGGCCGUUACAGCAUCAACGGAGGGCCACAAAGUUUACCGUAUUCCCUCUGUCGAAUGUGCUUAGAGGAAGGAGCUUGCAUUGAGUUUGCCGUGCAAACAUCUGCAUCUAGUCCUUGUGUAAUUGGGUUCCUCGUUUCUAAAGCUCCUAAUUUUCCACUUCCUGUUCAUUUAAACAUAUCCAGAUUCUCCGUGCCAGUCGAAGAGAUGCCCUGGCGAGACCUCAAAUGGUUGCUUACCUCUAACCAAUGUUAUAUUUUCACCGAGCCGUUGUGGAUAUAGGUAACUUGACCUUUCAACUAGCUUUUUCCUUCGCUGUUAUCUGUCAUUUCUAUCCAGUUUUCAUUCCCUUUUGAUCUGAGCUUUUUUGGGCUCUCAUCAGUAGAUUUCAACUUAGUCAUUCCACAUGACUUCUCACAAAGGUGCAAUAUAUUUUUUCCCCCCUGUCAGAACUAAACGCAGCCAUUAACUGUUUUUGGUGGUGAGCCCCGACGCUCCCCCGCUUUUCUAAGUUAUUUUAUUUUAUUUUUUACAAUUGUGUGACUUGAUAUACUGUUACAUUUCCUCUAGAGGGCACAAACACACUGACUAUGUUGCAUAUUGCAGCCACCACAUUUGAGUGAUGGAUGUUACUGGAAGCAUUUGUUUUUAGAGUAGAAUGUUAUUUUACAUUUUAUGAUCCUCCUGUGUUUGGUGCUGACUCACGCUGAACUACACUGACUCCCCACAAACGUCUAUUUUUGUUUUUUUUAAUGCACCAAUUAAUACUUUUACUUUGUCACACUGAAUUGUAAAAUGGUGUAUUUUUUAUCAUUGUGUGCCAUGGAGAAAUAAACGUUAACUGAGGUUGGGUUGUAUUUUA